AUGUUUUCAAUAGAUAAAGGUGAUUGGUGGUGUGAUUUACAUCGUUAUGAUCUUUUAUUACAAUUGAUUGAAGCACUUGAAAAAUGUAUGUACAAUGUAUACGAAGGAACUGUUAAAUUCUUUUUUAUUAGAAAUAAAUCUACAUAUUGUGAAUGGCUUAAUCGUAUUCGUAUACCAAUUAUUUUAACAGCAGUACGAAAUUAUAAACAAUAUUUAAUGCAUGCGUGUUCAUUAGGUCAAGCUGAGAUACAAGCAUGUGGACAUGAAGCUGCUGGAAAUCUUGAACAAGCAGCCUAUGAAUAUAAAUGA